GCGCAAACAACCUGCUCUGUGUGACACGGGUCCGGUUCAUUACGCAAACCCUGCAAAACAAAUACGUUUUAGGACAUACUGUGGAUUCAUCUUAUCCUCUCCUUCCCCUUUCUCAACUAACUGGAUUAGUCAGGUGUAGCGUAUAAGCAGUUUAUAGCUCUACAGUAUAUAUGCAGAAUCCCCUCACAUGGAUCACUUCUUCUGGCCAGCAAGUGACAGGAAGACACUGCAGUAAAGAUGGCGAAGGACUUCUACCUGUACGAGAACAUCUCCAAAGUCAGUCCCUUUGAGGGCCCACAGUAUCAUAUCGCUCCAAAAUGGGCGUUUUAUCUACAAGCGGCAUUCAUGGGCAUGGUGUUUUUCUUGGGAACGCCACUCAAUGCCACCGUGCUUUUCGUCACUGCUAAAUACAAGAAGCUGCGGACGCCUCUGAACUACAUCUUGGUGAACAUCUCCCUUGGGGGAUUCAUCUUCGAUGUGUUUUCUGUCAGCCAAGUGUUUUUGUCCAGCCUACAAGGAUAUUACUUUCUAGGUCACACAAUGUGUGCACUGGAAUCUUCAAUGGGCUCAGUAGCAGGCUUGGUAACAGCAUGGUCGCUUGCAGUCUUGGCAAUUGAGAGAUAUAUUGUCAUCUGCAAGCCACUUGGGUCUUUCAAAUUUGGAACGGGUCAUGCAAUGGGUGGAGUGGCCUUCACCUGGUUUAUGGGGAUUGGAUGUGCAGCACCACCCUUCUUCGGCUGGAGCAGGUACAUCCCUGAAGGCUUGGGCUGUUCCUGUGGUCCUGACUGGUACACGACCGGCACAGAAUAUAACUCGGAGAGUUACACAUAUUUCCUGAUGGUCACUUGCUUCAUCGCCCCUCUCACCUGCAUUAUCUUUUCAUACUCACAGCUUCUGUCCGCCUUGAGAGCCGUUGCAGCUCAACAGUCUGAAUCGGCAUCGACACAGAAGGCAGAGAAGGAGGUGACCCGGAUGAUCAUCAUGAUGGUGUUGUCCUUCAUCGUGUGUUACACGCCUUAUGCUCUAGCUGCGCUGUACUACACCCUUGACCAUGAGUCAGAGAAGGAUUACCGUCUUGUUACUAUUCCUGCACUUUUCUCCAAGAGCUCCUCUGUUUACAAUCCAUUGAUUUACUGUUUCAUGAACAAGCAGUUCAAUGCAUGCAUUAUGGAGACUUUCUUUGGAAAGAACAUUGAUGAGGCUUCAGAGGUGUCCAAAACUGAGGUCUCGUCUGUGUCUGCUGCUUAGGACACCAUUUCAAUCUCCCUUGACUGACUUGACUCACUUGAAGAAACCAGACAUUUAGUACAACGUGGAAACUGAUUCAGCUGUUUGGUAUCUAUUUAGAGCAGUCACAUGAUUCAAAAACCUGACCCUCAAAAGCCACAGUCAGGAUGCUGCCUGAUAUUUUUGGAUGCAGGCUUUAUGCCCAUAGAAUUACUUUGAUGACGAAGUUUGAGUGAUGUUUGGACUUUAAGUUUGAACGAUGGUUUCUCCAGUAAAUACCUGAUCUUUUUGUAUAUGUAUAUAGUAUGCUGCAAUAAGAAAAUGAAUUAAAAAAUAUAUUAGAUACUAGUAUGUAAAAGUAAUACUGCAAAAAGAAAAUGAAUAAAAACAUAUUUUAGAUGCUAGUAAAACCACAAGAAAGCAAGUGUUCAACUUGCAUAAGCAAAUUGUUCAGAUGGUUUUGUAAAAUACUGAGCAUCUGUCAAUUAAACAGUGUUGAGCACUA